AUGAUGACGCGACGGGUUGUCCGCGCGCUGACCCAGCUCGGCGCGGCUGCCGUGUUCGCCUUUGCCGUCAUCUCCUUCCUUGAUCGAAACUAUCGAGUCCUCCCCAACGCCAUCCAUGGUUACAUGCCCACACACUACCCGGGCCUCGUCAUUACCGACAUCACCCUCGUCACCUGCUCGACAUUGAACCCCUUCUCCUCCUGCGAGCUCGAUUCGGACGUGUGGCAUCGCGUCGACAAGGAGCUGUACCUCGGGCGAGCCUGGACCACCACAGCCUACCUCUACAUCAGCCGCAAACAUGAAAAAGAGCUCACGUCUGAAGACAUGGUGGUCAUGGAUGUGUCGGUCGGGAGACUGAACCCCGCGGAAGCAAACCAAGGCAAGGCUGUCAAAAACGACCAGCCGUGGGAGUCCCGGCCGGGCGGCUUGUGGAUCAAGCGAGCCGACAGCAGGAGGUCCAGCGACGCCAGCGCCGUCACCGACAUCGACGUGCUGUUUGGAGACGACGCGGUCGAGGCUCGCGACGGCUGGACAGUCACGGGAACCCAGCUGCUGCUGAACACGGGCAGGUCGCUGCUCAGCGUCCACCUGACCAUGCGCCGCGGCGCGCCGCCCAAGGAGCGCAAGAAGCCGAAGCCCAGAAUCGCGGAUAACGGCCGCUUCAAGAUGAUGCAAAUCAGCGACUUGCACCUCAGCAACGGCGUCGGCGAGUGUCGGGAGCCCGUGCCGGAUGGGUACGAAGGCGGCAAAUGCGAGGCCGACCCGAGAACCCUCGACUUUGUCACCAAGAUGCUCGAUGAGGAGAAGCCAGACCUUGUCAUUCUCGGCGGCGAUCAGGUCAACGGAGAUACUGCUCCCGACGCGCCUACGGCCAUAUUCAAGAUUGCUUCCCUCUUGAUCCAGCGGAGCAUCCCGUACGCCGCCAUCUUUGGCAACCACGACGACGAAAGCACCAUGAGUCGAGCUCGACAAAUGGCCCUCUACGAGACGCUGCCCUUUUCCCUGUCCGCAGCCGGCCCGGCGAACAUUGACGGCGUGGGCAACUACUACAUUGAGGUGCUCGCGCGCGGCGGCUCGGAUCACUCCGCCCUGACCAUCUACCUCCUCGACACUCACUCGUACUCGCCCAACGAGCGCAAGUACCCCGGCUACGACUGGAUCAAGCCCAACCAGAUCGAGUGGUUCCGAAAGACGGCAGCCAGCCUCAAGAGCAAGCACGCCAAGUACAGCCACCACCACAUGGACAUUUCCUUUAUCCACAUCCCCCUCACGGAAUACGCCAGCCCCGAGCUGCCGCGGCUGGGCGAGUGGAAGGAAGGCGUCACCGCGCCCGUGUACAACUCUGGCUUCCGCGACGCCCUCGUAGAGCAGGGCGUCGUCAUGGUCAGCGCAGGACACGACCACUGCAACGACUACUGCCUCCUCUCGCUGCAAAACGUCACCCAGCCGGGCGCCCAGCUCAGCCCCUCGCCCGGCGAGCAGCCCCCUCCGCAGGUGCAGAAACCCGCCCUGUGGAUGUGCUACGCCGGCGGCGUCGGCUUCGGCGGCUACGCCGGCUACGGGGGCUACGUGCGCCGCCUGCGCGUCUUCGAGGUCGACACCAACGAAGCCCGCAUCGUGACGUGGAAGCGCGUCGAGCACGGCAAGACGGCCGACAAGGUCGACCUGCAGAUCAUUGUGGACGGCGGCCGUCCGGUGCCGCCGCCGCCGCCGCCUGCCCCCGCGUCGACGGAGCAGCCUGCUCCGCCGGCGCCCCCGGCCGUGCAGGACGUGCACGAGUGA